AUGGGGAUUUCAAAUUUGUUACAGUUUUUAAAACCGAUUAUAAAAAGUUCACACAUCAGUAAAUACAAAAAUGAAGUUAUUGGGGUGGAUAUAAUGUGUUGGAUACAUAGAGGAUUAAUCAGUUGUGCCUAUGAUAUAAUUACAGAAAACUUUAACAAUAGUUACUUAAAUUUCAUUGAAAAAAUGUUAGACAUAAUAAACUACUAUGAAAUAAAAGUAAUAUUUGUUUUUGAUGGUGAUGAAUUACCUGAAAAAAAAGAAGAAAACUUAAUACGGAAAAAUAGAAGAGAAAAAGCAAAAAAAGAAGCACAAGAAAUAAUUAAAAAAGUCAAAAAUCCAAGAAAUAAUGAAAUGGUAAUCAAAAAAUGUAUUCAAGCAUUAAGUGUAACAAAAGAAAUUAUUGAUAGCGUAAUCAAUUUUUGUAAACAAAAAAAUAUAGAAUAUAUCAUUUCACCCUAUGAAGCCGAUGCACAACUAUCUUACCUUUGUAGAAUGGGAUAUAUUUCAUGUGUUAUUAGUGAAGAUAGUGAUUUGUUAGUAUAUGGGUGUCCACGAGUUUUGUAUAAGUUGAAAAAUAACGGUGAUUGUAAUGAAAUAAGUUUGCUACCUAUUAAUGAUUUAAUUGAUAUAAAUAUCAUUAAUAAAAUAAAAAAUCCGUUUUCUAAUUCAUUUAAUGAAUUUUAUAUUACCCCUAUUAAAGAAUUAGAAAAAAAUAAUAAAAAAAAAGGUAGUGAAAAAAUAAAAAAUGAAGGAAAAAAUUAUGAUAAAAUAAUAAAAGAGUACAUAGAAAAUUUCUAUUGGCCUGAAGAAUUAGAUAAACUCAAACAUUUUAAUAUAGAUAUGUUUUUAGCUAUGUGUAUACUGAGCGGAUGUGAUUAUACUAAUGAUUUUCAUGUAAAUGGGAUGGGUAUUAAAACAGCAUAUAGUUUGGUUUAUCAAUAUAAAAAUAUUAAAAAUAUUUUUCUACAUUUAACUUCUCAUGAAAAAUGGAAAUAUAAAAUCCCACAAAAUUUAAAUACAUUAGAAAAAUUAAUGAAUAAAUAUCAUGAGAUUAAAAAUGCUUUUUUACAGCAUGAAGUUUAUGAUUUGCUUCUCUGUCAAAAUAUUACAAUAAAUAAAUCAUUUAAAAGUUCAUAUAAAAAUCCAGAUAACGUGAUCAUUAUUGAUAAAAUUUUAGAAUAUUCUUUAAAAUAUAAUCAUUCUACAAAGGAAAAUAAUUCUCUAAGUAGUAUUACUAAUGAUAUAAAUUCAACACCCAAAAAAAAUUAUGAAAGAAAUUUUGAAAAUGAAAAGAAAAAUUUAAUAACACCUAAAAAUAAAAAUGAACAAGAUGAACAUUCUUUAAAUUGUCCAAAAGUUUUUGAAAAUAUUUUUCAAAAUUUUACUUCAGAGUGUUUUGAGUAUUUGGAAAUAUCACCUGAACUAUUAAAAAGUCAUAAUAAUAUAGAAAAAUAUAAUAAUUUAGAAAAACAAAUAAACAAUGAAGAUAAUGAAAAUGGUAAAAACAAUUCUUAUCAAAAAGAAUUUGAAGAAAUACAACCUAAAUUAAAUGCACAUUCUGAUAAACUUAUUGAAAACUUAAAUAAUUAUGAUUUAAAUAGUUCCAUUGAUAUUUUUGAAAAUGAAAAUAUAAUAUCGAAAGUUGAUUCUUUUGAAAAUAAUGAAUUUAAUCAAGAAAACAUUUUUCCAGACAACUGUAAAAACAUUCUUAAUAAAUCAACUGUGACAACAUUUAGGAAUAAUAUAGAAACCGAAAACAUUAAUUCAGAAACUAAUAAAAGAAAAUUGAAAAAUGUAGAUAGUUUUAUUUUUAAAAAGGCAAAAAUGUGCUUUUCUCAAAUGAAUACAAAAAAUGAAACACGUACAGAUAUCUCGGAAAAAAAAGGGAAUUGUGAUAAAGCAUUGAUAAGAGACAAUAAAAAUAAGAUCGAUGAACAAGAAAUAUUAAAUUAUAAUUCAAAGCAUUGCUACAAUGAAGUCAACUCUAAUCAUAAAAUAAAUAAAUGCAAUAGUAAGAUUAAUGACUAUGAUGGAAAUAAUAAUAUUUUUGACAACAUUAAGAAUAAUAACAUUAUAAAUAAUAGAAAAAAAAAUAUAAAGACAGAAAGUGCAAGAAAUAUUUAUGAAAAUAUGAAAAAAAAAUUUCUUCUUUUUAGACAAUUAAAAGAACAAACAAAAACACCGGCAGAAUACUGUAAAGAAAAAACAAGUUCAAAAGAAGAAUCAUCUAUAGAGAAAGACGAAGAUAUUGAAAUAAAUUUGAUUCAAGAAAAUGAUAAUAUAAAGGAAAAUGAAGGAAAAAAAAAAAACAGUAUAAAAAAAGAAAUAUAUAAAAAUAUAAUGGAUGAGCAAAAUGAAUUAAAGGAUAAAAAUGAAAUUAAAAAAGAAAAUGAACUAUAUAAAGCAAAUAUAUAUAUAAAUGACAAUGAAAUAAAAAAAGAAAAUGAAUCCAAUAUAGAUAUUAAUUUGACUAAAAAAACAGAAAUAAUAAAAACUCCAUUUGUCGAUAAAAGCAAGUCAUCUUUUUCUCCGUACAAAAGUAAAACGCCUGUUAAAAGUGAAAAAGGUAAAAGCCAAUUAAGAAUAACAAGUUUUUUUAAAAAAGUAGAUAAGAAACACUGUAAACAAAGUAUAUUAAAAAAUAUAAAUGAAAAUGAUAACAUUAAUAAAAAUUGUUCAACUUUAUUUAAUAAUUCCAUUAAAUCAAAUGAAGGAUAUCUGAAUUAUCAUUCCUCCCCCCAAAAUGAAUCAAAUAAUAUUCAAGAUACCAAAAAAAAAAAAAAAUGUGAAAACAAAACAACUCAAGAUAUAAAAAAUUAUUUUAUAAUGCCUAUCAAAAACAAAGAUAAUAAUAAUAAAUUACUUUUAAAUAAUUUGAGUUUAGAAAAUGAAAAAAUACCCAUACAUCAAAGUCAUAUCAUUAACAAUAGAAAAGAUAAACUAGAUAAUAUCAUAAUAAAAAAUAAUGAAAUAAGCAAUAUAUCUACAAAUGCUCCUUUAGGAAAAUCCUUAAUAAAUAAAAACGUAAAUAUGGGAUAUAAAGAUUUUAAAGAAAAUAAUUCAUUUAAAGUAGGUGAUAAUGAAAAUAAAAUACUAAAUGAACAAAGAGAAAAAAACAUAAGUAGUCCUAGAUUAAUCGAAAAAUAUUCUAAUGAAUAUUCUCGCAAAAAUAAAAAUGUGAAUGAAAAUAAAGAAAAAAUAAGUGAAAUCAAUUUAGAAUAUAUACUACAGAAUUUAAACUAUAAUUAUCAACCGAAAAAUCAAAAAAUUAAUACUUUUGAUUAUUUUAAAGAAAAAGAAAAUAUGCCUCAUUACAAUCCAUAUAUUGAUAAUAAUUUAUAA